CAUGAGGAAAGAUUUGUGAUUAUAUGCUUUUUGGAACUGUAACGUUAGGAAUGUAAAACGACAUUCAAGAGUGGGUGAAUGUAAAAGUGUUUAAAUAACUUGGUCAUGUUACAGAAUUGGUUGAACUUAUUAUUAAACCCGAACAUAACCCGUUUAGAAACAGACUGGAACGACGCCCGCUUUAGCAUUUAUGAUGGAGUCAGUUAAAGAGGAGAGGGAAGACAUGAGUUAUUUGAGGCAAAGAAAAAUGAUAAAUACUGAAGACACUGAGGAACAAAAAGACUUGAUGAAGGUGCAGGGGAACAGUGAGCAGCCAGAUCAAGCGGAGAAGAAACAACUGUAUAAGAAACGCCAUCUUUUCCUGACUGAAGAAAAAUCAUUAACCUGUUCACAAACACCGACAACAACAGAAAGCAAUCCAUUCUGCUGCCCACAGUGCGGAAAGAGUUUUACACGUAAAGGACACCUCGCAAUCCACAUUGCAGUUCACACUGGGGAGAAGCCUUACACAUGCCCUCAGUGCGGAAAGAGUUUCACGUGUAAAGGAAGCCUUAAGGAACACUUUAGGAUUCACACAGGCGAGAGGCCUUUUUCUUGCCCUCAGUGUGCAAAGAGUUUCACAAAUUCAGGAGGCCUAAAGAGACAUCUAAGAAUUCACACGGCAGAGAGGCCUUUUACCUGCCCUCAGUGCGAAAAGAGCUUCCCUAAUCCAGGAGAGCUUAAGAGACACGUAAGCAUUCACUCUGGAGAGAAGCCGUUCACCUGCACUCAGUGUGGAAAGAGUUACAAGCAAAAAGAAGGCCUUAGAGAACACACAAAAAUUCAUACUGGAGAGAGGCCUUUUGCGUGCAUGUUAUGUGGAAAAAGUUUCACUCAACACAGCACCCUAAAGGUUCAUAUGAAAAUCCAUUCUGGAGAGAAAUCGCAUCAGUGCUCUGAAUGUGGCAGGAGAUUCACAGAGGCGUGCAAUCUGAAAACCCAUCUGCUCUCUCACUCAGGAGAGAGACCCUUCCACUGCGAUCAGUGCGAUAAAAAGUUCUUUUUGGCCGUACACCUUAAGACGCACAUGAGGAUUCAUGAAGACGAGAGGCGUUACGUGUGUUCUUUCUGUGGAAAGAGUUUCUUAUGGCUGCACGGUUUUAAAGACCAUCUAAAAACACAUAUUGGCGACAAGUCUUAUGAGUGCUUGGAGUGCGGGAAAGCCUUCGCUAGACCUGCUGAAUUGAAAGUGCACGAGAGGAUCCAUACCGGAGAAAAACCCUACAAGUGUUCACAAUGUGAGAAGUGUUUCACUCAGUCAUCGGGCUUGAAAGUACACGAGAGAGUUCAUACUGGAGAGAAGCCGUACCUCUGCCCAUCAUGCGGAAAGACUUUCAGCCGAUAUGGUAGUCUAGGGAAACAUUUAAAAAAGGCUUGUCCAAAAAUAGCACAGGCUUUUUAACAUCACGUGUCGCCCCGACAUUGAGAUACAACCCUGCUCACUAUCAUUGACACCGUUAGUAAAUAGGAGCAAGGAAGGCAGUGAAAAUAAAUCUGCAUUAUUUCUCCUUUUGAUCUUUUAUUAAAACAAUCUACAAAAUUCCAACAUUUCAUUGAAGGAAAACAAUUUGAAGUGGGGGAAUAUCACAUUGAGAAAAAAAAAAUUCUUCCAUAUAUGUUGCCCACAAUAAUUGUCACCCUUGUAUUUAAUUCACCCCGCAACCUUAAUUUAUAAGAAAAUCAGCUCUGAGGGUUUUCUUUUCAGUCUGAUGAGGUUUGAGAAUCCAUUGAGACUCGUCUGAGUCCAUUCCUCCAUAAAUCAUUUCUCCAGAUCCUUUAAACAUUAGUGCUCCCUCUUCUUCAGUUCAUCCCACUCAUUUUCUAUAGGGUUCAGGUCAGAGAACUGGGAUGGCUACGGCAGGAUCUUGAUUUUGUGUUCAGUGACCCCUUUAUUAUGUUGAUUUUGAACCAAUGUGCUGAUGGAAGAUCACACCACGACCCAUUAGAAUAUUUCUAGCAGAGCAAGUCAGGUUUUGAUGUAUUUACUUGUUGGUAUUUGAUAUAAAACCUGAUGACAUGUAUCUGAACAAAAUGUCCAGGACCUCUGGUAUAAAAAUAGGUUCACAACAAUGAACAUCUGGUGACAUAUUUAACUGUGACAUUUACUGGUGACAUUUAUAUCUGUUUUGUUGCACAAUCAUAGAGUCUUUCAGUUUAUAGGAGACCAUAUAAAACAUUAAAACGACACAAGACUGUCACCUGCGCAUGCGCGUGAAUACAAUAAAUGACAUUACAACUAUUUUGUAUGUA